AUGCUGGAAGUAGAAGAUUGGACGCAUCGGCAUUUCUCUUACGUAGUAUUCCUCUGCCUCUGUUCGGAGACGGACACCGGAACCCACUCUUUUGGGGCGGGGCGGGGCCGAGAUAUUCAGAAUCCCCGUGUCAGAGAAGGACGAGAGAGGGGCCCAAAUCUAGACUGUGACCGGCUUACCUGUAGAACCGGUCAACCUCCAGAGGUGCGGGGACGAAGCUCGUGUCGUUAUCUGGAACCCCCUGCUCUUCAGGGAACCUCCGGGGCUGCAGAUUUGCUCGAGCUCACCGACUUCGAGGGGAGGGGGAGGGGCCGAGCAGAUGUGCGAUUCGGGUGGGACUCUGGCAAAGGCGACAGGCGGAUGAGGAUGACGAGUGGAGCGAGCCAAGUGCGGAGGCAAUUAUAA